GGUCGCUCGUUCGAAAUCGAUAGUUGUCUCGUAGAAUCUGAUAAGUCGAUACGAUACGAUACCAUACGAUACGAUACGAUAUCACACGAUACAUGCCCGGUUAAUUGACAUACCCACUACUGGCUGAUCAUUCUCUUUGUGUGAAUAGAGCAAGAGGAUAUACAUAUUCACGCUUUUAUUCACGGUAUAGAGUUCCGAGGCUGAUGAGCAUGGCGAGUAUAACGAGAAUGCCAAUUCUAAAAAAUUCACGGCGUGGGUUGGCCGGAUUGCGCGGUGUGCGGAUUCGGGAGUGUGCGGCGAGGAUUGGGAGGGGUGAUGGGAGAAUGUUCUCGAUGAGUGCGGUGAGGGCGACGGAUGGGGUGUAUAGAGAGUUGACGGCGAUGAGAACGAGGGUGCCGUUUAUAGAGGCGUUUAGGAGGGAAGAGGAGAAGAGGAUGGUGGGUGAGAAGGGGGUGGAAAAGGAAAAGGAGAAGGAAAAGGAGAAGGAGAAGGUGGUGCUGGGAAGGGAGGGAUUGGAAGUGAAGAGGAUGAGUGAUAGUUAUCAUCGUGUGAUUUUACCCUUAGCAAGCGAUCCCUGGCUUCUGGAUAAUUAUAUUACAGCGAGUGGACAUAUUAGACUAGGAGCGAUUUUCAUGGACCUCGACGCCCUCGCCGGCGUAAUCUCCUACAAGCACACCGGCGAGCGUGUCAUGACCGUCACCGCCGCCGUCGACCGCAUCACGCUCUCUCGACCGCUCCUCGAGAUCUGCGAUUUGGAAUUGUCGGGACAAGUCACCUUUGCCACCGGCCGCUCUAGCAUGGAAGUCUCUCUGCAAGUAUGCAAAGUUCCGGCGGCCGGACGCGAACACGAACCUAGGAGGGAAGAAGACGUGUUUAUGGAAUGUGCAUUCACGAUGGUGUCGCUGGAUCCGGUGACGAAGAAAGCGGUGCGGAUUGCGGGGGUGCGACCGGAGGGGGAGGUGGAGGAGGAGUGGUUUGAGAGGGGCAGGAAGAGCUACGAGAAGAAAAAGAGGGAGUUGGGACGGGGGCUGAGGAGUAUGGAGCCGGAUGAUGAGGAGAGUGAUUUGAUUCAUAGGCUGUGGUUAAAGACGUUGGAUUAUCACGACCCCAACACGCCCUCUCUCCUCCCCAAAACCUGCACCCGCAUGUCCACAUCCACGAUCCAAUCCGUGCAAAUCAUGCAGCCCCAAUACCGCAACCGACACAACUUCAUGAUCUUCGGGGGGUUCCUGCUGAAAUCGACCUUCGAGCUCGCCUUCACCUGCGCAUCAGCGAUAUCGCAUUCGCGGCCGAUAUUCCUCGGGCUGGACCCGAGCACGUUUGAGAACCCCGUGCCGGUCGGGAGCGUGCUGUACGUGAGCGCGACGCUGGCGUACGGGGACCGACCGCUUGUGAGCGGGGAGGCAGAUGCAGAGAGAGGAACAGGAACAGGAGAAGGGAAGAAGACGCGCGUGCAAAUCCGCGUGGAUACAAAGGUGAAGAAUGUAGAGCAUGGGGAGACGAAACCGACAGGACAGUUUAACUAUACGUUUGAGGUGGAGGGCGAAGUGCAGGUUUUGCCGGAGAGUUAUCGGGAGUUUAUGGUGUAUUUGGAUGCGAGGAGGAGGAGUCGGGGGAGAGGGGGGGUGGGCGCCGAGGCCAUGAGGAGUGUAGAUGGGGAAAAGGGGAAAGAGAAGGAUGUGCUUGGGGGAGGGGGAGAUGGGGGAUUGAAAGUUUUGUGAGGGAGGGAAGGUGAAGAGAUAGUGUGUGCAUUUUCAAUCCGUAGGAUAUAUGCUGUUCCUACCAAUCUAGCAGAUCAAAUAUCCAAUUCUGACA